GAAAAUUUACUUCCGUAAAUGAAUAAAAGCUUCCGCCUCUUAUAGCAGUUGGUGGCGAGCGCGAGUGAAUAAUUAUUUGCUCGAAGUGGCACAGUCGUCAACCAGUUCAACGAGUGUGUGGCACUGGAGUGCCGGAUGAAAUGGCCAUGUAUACCGAUAAUACCCUGAAAUCACUCCCUGGCCGUUGCCCAAGGCGACUACUUCCAGUGAUUGUCCUUCUCGUCACACUAACGGCUGUACAGUCUUCACAUUCCGUGGAUUAUGAUCAAGAAUUAGCUUCUGGCCAUGAGCGCCUUCAACAACUUGCACACCGCUAUGAGACAGUACAUGUUGACACGGCUCACCACCUGCACGGAGUUCGGAAACGUCGAGCGACUCAUGGAGACGACAACUAUAGCCACCCACCUUCCACCAACUUUGACAUCCAGGCCUUUGGGAAGACAUUUCGCCUGCAGCUGGAGUUAAACACUAUGCUGUUACCUAUUGGCACACAAAUACGCUACUACAAAGAGAAUGGAGAGCUUGUUGUGGAUCAUGAUGCUGUCAACUGCUAUUACCAGGGUGAGACGAAUGGAUUUAGUCGUGGAGCAAGUCAUGCUGUAAUCAAUACAUGCAAUGGAAUUUCUGGAUCAUUUGGUGUAGGACCAGCUGGUCACUGGACAAUGGAGAGGACCUUUUUCAUUGAACCGCUGACCAAGGAACCCACUCCCAAUGGCACCCACCUUCAUGCCGUUUACAAAGCCGGUGACUCGAAAGAGAAACAUCACUUGGGGAAUUGUGGUGUACCAACUAACAAAAGCAAACAUCAUGCAUCACCACUAGACCUAGCACAGGGCAUGCUGAAUGUGGACAAGGACACCGUGCACAUUCACCAGCGCACUAAACGCCAGGCAUCCUCAUCGGUCACACGCUAUGUGGAGUUACUACUGGUGCUGGACGCAACACUCUUCCGGAGUAGAAGAGUAAAUAGGGACAUGGCCGUUGCUGUAAACCGUGCUCGUUCUGUUGCCAAUUUUGUCGACUCGAUCUACAGAAAACUGAAUACUCGUGUGCCACUGGUAGCUGUGGAGGUUUUCAACAGAAGAGAUCUCUUUGUCACGUCAAUCGACCCCGAAAGGACGCUGAACAAUUUCAAACUGUUCAGGGACAAGAACCUUGUGGGUCACAUUCACCACGACAAUGCCCAACUCUUGACUGGACGUGACUUUCAUCGCAAUAUCGCUGGCUACGCAUCGGUCAGCGGAAUGUGCUCAACCAGAUCUGUAGGUGUCAACAAAGAUACAAGGUCACCUUUCUCAGCGGUGGCAGCUACAGUAGCACACGAAAUGGGUCACAAUCUUGGAAUGAACCAUGAUAAUGCAAGUAUCUGUGUUUGCUCAGCUACAUCUCGGAAAGGCGGUUGUGUAAUGGCUGGAAUGGGCUCUCCUUAUGCUGCAGCGCAGACGUGGUCAGGCUGCAGCCGCUCUGAUCUCAGCACAUUUCUAUCACGCGGUGCUGGUCACUGCCUUAGCAACAAGCCAGCCACACUAUUUGGUGACCCGGUAUGCGGCAAUGGUUUUGUGGAGGGCACUGAGCAAUGUGAUUGUGCUGCGACGUAG